GGGCGGUUCCUUUCCUGAGACGUACUUCCUGUAAAACUUUUCUUUUUUUUUUUGUACUUCCUGAAAAAUCUAGCAGCGCCAAGGUCAAAAAUGUGUAUGGUUGCGACCGAUAAUUAAAUGCAUUAAUGGUUGCGAGUUGCUAACUAUUAAGAAGACGAAGAAUUUCCUAGCUCUGACCGUGCUGCAGUAUAAACCAAAAGAGAACCUGUGAUAAGCACUCUGUCCACCUGCCUUGAUCUCAAAUACAUGACCAGCCACGAAUGACACAUGGCCAACACAGCUGAGAAAGAGAACCAAAAGUCAAAUGUGCAACCACAAGAAAAGAGUCAGAUUUGUCAUUCAACUCACUCAUUUCAAUGGCGCUUGGGACAGAAGAAACCCAUGACCAUAACGUGUGGUGAAGCAGGAACUGUGAAAGAUUCUCUGAGGAGGAGUGACCUCUUCAGAAAAAAUGAAGAAAAGAACAAACUCAAAGAGCUUGUGGUUGUGAGAGGUGGCAGACCUAUCCCUUCACACUUUCCAUGCAUUUUGAUUAAACCUGAAGAGCAACUGGAAGUUAACUAUGUAAACUCCAAAUCUGCAGAUGAUAAGCCAGUGGUAAAGUCUGGAACAAGGUCAUCAGAGCAAAUGGUUGUAUUUAAUUUACAAACAAAGGGGGGAAAAAAUAUUACAAAAAUAGUAAGAAAUCCAGCAUUAAGAUCAUAUCCUGAGUUCUCGGUUUAUGCUUACAAAGGGGAAAAGGUGAAACGUGCUCUGAAAAGAGAUGGGCGAUUUCUUAAAACAAUCUUUAAGAAAACCUGCGCUCUCUAUGACUUGACCACUAAUGUAGAGAUGUCUAAUCUUGUUGAUGAUCUUGAUGAUAAAACUUUUCAAAUUAUUAUUUUGAAUAAGAACAGUCCUCCAGAGAGCCAACCAAGUAGUCUGGAGGAUGCUAUUGACACUCUUGAACAGGGAAAUGAUAAUGCACUUGAACAGGGAAAUGAUAAUGAUGAAAACAAUACAUUUAUAGAAGAACUGUGUGAAAUCCCAGAUUCUAAAGAAAUUAGAUCUCACCUGUCAUCACUGGUAAGAGAUUUUCUUAAUAAAAUGUCUAAUGAUCAGGAAAAAGAUGAGCAUCAAAUUCUGAGAGUGGAGUAUGGCAGAAGCCAGGGCUCUGUAACUGUGGAAACCAUGAAGAGGCUGAUGAGCCUGAGUAACUCUGUGUGUCAGGUUAGAAUAAAAGGUUCUGCAGUGGGCAGUGGUUUUCUUCUGUUCGACUCCUUUGUCCUCACAAAUUUCCAUGUAAUUAAAAAUGUUUUUAAUCAGAACAUGCAGCUGUCAGAACCCAUUAGUGUGCAUUUCUCCUUUGAAAGUUUUGACCAGGCUACUGGAGGGCAUCAGGUACAGGGGAUAGUUGCCUGUGAGUACGGCAUUGAUGUGUCAGGCCACAAAUGUGACUGGGCUCUGUUGGAGCUGAAUGCAGACCAAGUGCUACCACCUGGUCUCUUGUCACACUUUGGAUUUAUUCCCCCUAGUGGCAGCAUUUGUAUCAUAGGCCACCCACAUGGGGGUGUGAAAAAAGUAGAACUAAGUUGGAUUUUACCCAAUAUCAGUGUCCAAUGUCAGGUUAUUGAGAAACAUUACAAUGAAAACCUUACAUCCAGUGAAAGAGGUGAAGUAAUUCCGUUUGUGACUCCUUUGUUUGCUAGGGGGGUGGCAAAGGCAUUGUCCAGGACUCGAGAUUUAACCUAUGAGACCUGUUUUUACUUUGGCUCCUCUGGCUCUCCAGUCUUUGACAGCCACUGUAAUGUUGUGGCAAUGCACUCAGGUGGGUUUCUUUAUGAAAGUUCCUCAGGAGAGACUCAAAGUGUCAUUGAGUAUGGACACCCUCUGUCAUCCAUUCUUGAAAAUCUUAUUGUUCAGUUAGUGAAAAGAGACAGACUGGAUGUAUUAAAGAAGAUUUUAGUUGGCUUUAAUAAACACCACAAGACUAUAAUUCACAAUGUUAAGAAACUAGUCACCAGCCGAAAUUACACUGUGUUUCAAUACACUGCUAACAAGGUUAAUAAUUUGAACGAUGGCACACUGAAAAUGUUCUUUGAUUUCAUAUGUGAGUCAGACACUCCUGUCUCAAUGGACAUGGAGUUGGGAAUGAUGCGAUAAAAGUAUUCUAUUCUACUUUACUUUUGUUUUAAAAUGUCCCAUUCUGGGUCAUUAACUAUUUUGUUUAUUUGUGCUAAAUCUGUAAAGCUUCAUACAAAAAUUAAUUCAGAGUUUAUAUUUUGCCAUUUUUAUUACAUUUUGUAUGACGAUUGUAUGUCCAUUUAUAUAGCCCUAAUGUGCUGUCAUCAUGUAGUGUUUAGCUAGUGGACACCUUUUAUCGCCUAUAAUUUUAUAAACUCCCCCAAUCCCUGACAUUGUUUUUAUUUCUCUACUGAUUAUAUGCUGAUUAUAUGGUUUGUGUAAAGUCUUUAAUGCGUUAACGUGUACGUGUGUAAACCACAGACUGUAUAAAAAUGUAAUUACGGUAUAUACGAUGUAUGGCGUAAACGAAACAACAAAUAAAAAUGAAGGGUUGUGGUGACGGAA